AUGCCUACAGAAGGUCAUACUGGUCGAAAAAUUAUAUAUGAUGAGGAUGGCAAACCAUGCCGUUCUUGCAAUACCCUGCUAGAUUUCAAAUUUGCCACCGGUAGAAUUACGAGUAGGGCAGCUCUGCCUGAGAGGGCUGGACGGGAGUCUCGUACCAUUCCGGCACAGGAGUUGAUACCCGGUUCCAAAAGCUACGCUAAAGUUGAACCGCCAGAUGUGGUAGAACUAGGCAAUUCAUCGUGGAAUCUGCUGCAUAGCAUCACAGCAACAUAUCCUUCGAAACCCAGUGAGCAGAAAAAAGCCGAGAUGAAGCAAUUUCUGACGAUCUUCUCCCAUAUAUAUCCAUGCUCAUGGUGCGCAAGAGAUUUUGAGAAGUUUAUCGAACAGAAUGCUCCAAAGGUAGAUUCAAGGGAAGAUCUUGGGAGAUGGAUGUGUGAAGCUCACAAUGCGGUUAAUGAAAAGCUUGGGAAGGAGAAAUUUGAUUGUAAUUUCUGGGCCAAGAGAUGGAAAGAUGGUUGGGAUGAAAACUAG